AUGCCUAUACAUAUAUAUACGUAACUCAUACAAAUUAAUUGAAGGAAAAAUUGGAAAACUAAAUGAUAUGUGCAAAGCAAAUUUAAUUGAACAUAUUGCGUUCGUGCUUUAAUCGGAAUGCAUUGCGAGUGCAAAUAUGUAAAACGACGGAACGCGUGUGCAGUGCAGGGCGAAAAAUAGCAAAGCAAACAAUACCAGCAGGCAAGCAGCAGUAGCAAAAGCAGCGCAGCAGAAGCAGCAGAGUCAGAGGCCGAUCUGACGUGAAAGAAAAACGACGCAUGCAGAACAGAAAAUGCCUCAGCCGUGUUGAAUAAUUAGCAAAAAGAGUUCCAUUGCAAAAGUAAGCCGCAAUAAUGUAAGGAAAACACAACUUUCCAUACUUUUAUCAUAUUUUCUAAAUGCAUUUUGCGCUGGCAGGCGACACAAAAGAGUGCGCAGCAAGCAGAAGGAAGCAGAGAUUACAAUUAAAAACAUCAACAACAACAAAUCCAAAGCAAGAAAAGCACAGAAAAGAAAAAAGAAACGAGUUGUCAGCUCUACUCAGAGAGAGAGAGAGAGAGAGAGAGUUGUUGGUGUGCGUGUGUUUUGGCAUAACAUGAAUAACAGAGAUGCCUUCGGCACGUCCUGGUAGUCUCAAAGAUCCGGAAAUAGCCGAUCUAUUUAACAAGCAUGAUCCAGAAAAGAUCUUUGAGGAUUUGCGUGAAAUUGGCCAUGGGUCGUUCGGUGCCGUCUACUAUGCACGCUGCAAUCUCAACAAGGAGAUUGUCGCAAUCAAGAAGAUGUCCUACACGGGCAAGCAGAGCCAAGACAAAUGGCAGGACAUACUCAAGGAGAUACGCUUUCUAUGUCAAUUGAAUAACCCGAACACAAUUGAGUACAAGGGCUGCUAUCUGCGAGAGUCGACGGCGUGGCUGGUGAUGGAGUAUUGCGUGGGGUCCGCCUCGGAUAUUAUUGAGGUGCACAAGAAGCCGCUGCACGAGGAUGAGAUCGCUGCUAUCUGUUUGGGCGUACUGAGCGGGUUGAGUUAUCUGCACUCGCUGGGUCGCAUCCAUCGGGACAUUAAGGCCGGCAAUAUACUGCUCACCGAUAUGGGCGUUGUGAAAUUGGCCGAUUUUGGUAGUGCAGCGAUCAAGUGUCCGGCGAAUAGCUUUGUGGGCACACCGUAUUGGAUGGCGCCCGAGGUCAUCUUGGCCAUGGACGAGGGCCAGUACGAUGGCAAAGUGGAUGUCUGGUCUCUGGGCAUCACCUGCAUUGAGCUCGCCGAGCGUAAGCCCCCAUACUUCAAUAUGAAUGCCAUGUCCGCACUGUAUCACAUUGCCCAGAACGAGUCGCCCACGUUGCCAAAAAAUGACUGGUCGGACACGUUUUGCAAUUUCGUGGAGCUCUGCCUGAAAAAGAUGCCCGCGGAGCGACCCUCAUCGGCUAAACUGCUGCAGCACUCGUAUGUGACGCGUCCGCGCUCCGAGACGGUGCUGCUGGAGCUGAUCGCGCGCACAAAGUCGGCGGUGCGCGAACUGGACAACCUCAACUAUCGCAAAAUGAAGAAGAUACUUAUGGUCGACACAUGCGAAACAGAAAGCGCCAUUGGCGACACCGAUGACCAGCAGGACGAUCAUGCCGGCGGCGAUAGCAGCAAGAGCAAUAGUAUUACUUCCGAACACUCCAUACACUCCGUGGGUGUCUCGGCGGCCAGUAGUCAGAGCUCCUCGUCGAAUUCAAUACCUGCGGCUGCGGCGCAGAAUCACCACCAUAUCGGGGCGCAUUAUCAUCAGCAGGUGGCCGCUGUUGCAGCCGCCAUGCACCAUCAGCUGGAGCUGCAGAAGCAGCAUCUCAGCAAUUGGUCAACUGGACCCCAGCAGCAGCAGCAACAGCAACAACAACUGCAGCAACAACAACAGCAGCAGAAUUCAUCAUCCGGUGCUGGAUGUGGCGCUGUAUCGCGCAAUUCGUCGCGUCAUCGCAAUCUGCCACCGUUGCCAAAUAUAAUGCACUCCAUGAAUAACAAUGUGACGCCCACGAAUUCGGCAUCGGUGGUGCCGGCGCCAGCGCCACCGCUAUCGGUGUUGCCGCACCUGGGUGUCUCUCUGGGAGCAGGAGGCGGAGGCGGUGCUUCUGGUGGUGUUGGAGGUGGUGGUGGCAGCACCGGUGGCUCACCGGCUGGCGGUGAUCAUCGCAUGCCCGGAAUUCAGCCACGUUAUCUAGCGACACCAGCCGCCCAGCAAGCUGUCUAUGCGGCCACCUCGGCAUCCUCGCAACAGGCCAUCUCCAAUGCGGUCAACGAUCAUGGACCCAACAAUUUCGCCACCAUCCGAACGACAAGCAUUGUCACCAAGCAGCAGAAGGAGCAUAUGCAGGAGGAGAUGCACGAACAAAUGUCCGGCUACAAGCGGAUGCGACGGGAGCACCAGGCGACGCUGCUGAAGCUCGAGGAGAAGUGCAAAGUGGAAAUGGAGACGCACAAGUCGGCGCUGGACAAGGAGUAUGAUAAUCUGCUGCAUAACUUUACCAGAGAACUGGAGCGCCUCGAGGCCAAGCAUCAGCAGGAUGUGGAGCGGCGCUCGAAGCAGACAACAACGGCCGAGAAGAAACUACAGAAAGAGAUUACGCUGAAGCAGGAGGGCGAUCGUAAGGUGUUCGAUUUGAAUCGCAAAAAGGAAUACAAAGCGAACAAGGAGCGCUGGAAACGCGAACUCUCAAUGGAUGAGUCAACGCCAAAGCGACAGCGUGAUUUAACCUUGCAAUCGCAAAAGGAUAAUCUGAAACAGCACGAGGCACAGGAGGAGCAACGCAUGCUGCAGGCUCAGAAGCAAUACAUUGAGCUCGAGAUGCGUAAAUUCAAGCGAAGACGCAUGACGCAUCAGCACGAUCUGGAGGAUCAUCUGUUGCGUGAUGAGCUGAGCAAGAAGCAACAGCAGCUGGAACAGGCCCAUGCCAUGCUGUUAAAACACCACGAAAAGACACAGGAGCUGGAGUAUCGCCAGCAGAAGAGCGUGCAUCAAUUGCGCGAGGAACAGAUAAACAAGCAGCACGACACGGAGUUCCACAAUCAAGAAGACUACAUGGAUCGCAUCAAGAAGGACCUGCAGCGCAAGCAUGCCCUCGAGCUAAGACAACAGCCCAAGAGCCUGAAGCAAAAGGAGCUGCUGAUACGCAAACAGUUUCGCGAGACAUGCAAAACGCAAACAAAACAAUAUAAACGCUACAAGGCGCAAGUGCUGCAAACGACGCCCAAAGAGCAACAGAAGGAGGUCAUCAAGCAGCUCAAGGAGGAGAAGCAUCGCAAGCUCACGCUGCUGGGUGAACAGUAUGAGCAAAGCAUUGCAGACAUGUUCCAAAGUCAAAGUUAUAAACUGGACGAGAGUCAAGUGAUCGAGUGCCAACGUACCAAUGAGCAAUUGGAAUACGAACUGGAUAUGCUCAAAGCCUAUCAGAACAAGAACAAGAAGCAGGCGCAGGAGCAGCGUGAUCGGGAGCGUCGCGAGCUCGAGAGUCGCGUCAGCGUACGGCGUAAUUUAUUGGAGAAUAAGAUGGAUGCCGAAUUGCAGCAAUUCAAUUUGGAACGUGCCGAACGGUUGCGCAUGAAACACGAGAAACAUGCUAAAGAAUUGGAAGCUUUUGAUAAUGAAUCGAUUGCCUUAGGUUUCAGCACUUUAUCACUGACGGAGGUAUCACGCGAAACCUACCCAGAUGAAGAGGGCAGUUUGUCUGGAUCCAUGAUUAGUUUAGCGCAUAGCAAUAGUUCAACAAGUUUUCCGGCUGGUUCCCUAUAGCAUAGGCAACAACAACAACAACAGCAACACCAAGAGCAACAGCAACCAUAUAGUAAUAUGAACUAUUAUAAUUUUAAUGGAAAUUUUAAAACAAACACUACAACACCAACAACAACAGCGGCAAACAGAUCCCGACACAAGCAACUAUAACAACAAUUACAAUUAAUAAUAAAAUACAAAGGCAUUCGUUGUUUUUGUAGCAGCAUUCAUAACUUAAUAAACAAUCAAAUGAAUUAACGAAUGGCAAAACUUAAAAAAAAAAAAACACGCAUAAACAUUUUUUAAUCGUUUCAAUCAAUAAAACAUAAAGCUGCAAUCAUUUUGCAUUAAAACGUACUCAAUUCAAGCAAACGAGAACAACAACACCGACUAAUAAAUUAAUUGAACGCUAUUGAAUACAAAAACAAGCAAGAUGAAGAGCAACAUAAACAUAAUACAUAAUACAACUAUAUAAUGCAAACAAAAAACAAAAAAGGCAGCGUAAAUACAUAAUUUGAAUGUAAGCAUAAAACAAUAUCACUAAUAACGAAAACAAAACAAAAACAACAAUAACAAUAACAACCAACAACAACAAACAGAGAACCGCAAGCAACAACAAAAUUAUCGAUAUAUAUCGACAACAAUGCAUAUACAUGUGUAUAUGUAUGCAAAUGUUUAAGUUUUAUUUUGAAAUUUUGAUAUUAUUACAUAAUAAUUUAAUUAAUUCCUUUGUUAUCGAAAGCGAAUUGCAAAAUUGUUUAAAUGUGUAAAUGCUCGCAAUUCGAUCAAGAAACGACAAACAAAGAAAAAAAAACCCUCGAGAAGAGACAUCAGAGUAUAAAAAGGACCUCUUUAUAAAGACGUGGACAACUCCAGAGCCUGCGGAGAGGUGAACGAGGUGCAGUCUUCACAUACACGAGCUCGUGUAUCAGAAAUAUAUAUAUAUAGAGAGAGAGAGAGAAAUCGAAGCUCACCACUGAGGAUGACUUCCCACUGCUAAAUCAGUCAAUAAACUAAGCAAAAGAGAGAGAGAGACAGAGGGAGCGAGAGAGAGAGAGAGAGAGAAGAGAGAGCGAGAAGCAAGAAGCAAGCAACUCUCCUGCCAUGCCCAGGAGAAACAAUCAGCUAGCAGAUUUCAACACACUUUUGAUUGAGCAAUUGCUUGGCGCCAUUUUUGCAUGUUGUUGAAUUCGAAAUUUUCAAUUUUUUCGUUACGUUUUCCUUCGGACUUGCUUUAUAAAACAAAUAUAAAAACACACAAUAUAAAUAAUAAAAUAGUAAACAAAAACAAAACAAAAAGCAAAAGAAAAAAAACAACUAAAAGUAAGCCUAUUAUAGACUUAAUUAAUGCAAAUUGCAAAAUGCUUAGUCAAAAACAAUAAAAAUUGUAUAGAAAAUUAAAUGCAUAUGAAUGUUUAAUUAAUUACAAUUUAUGUUUAUGUGAGAAGUUCUUUUUUUGUUGUAUACAUACAAAUAAAUAUACACCCAACACACACACACACACCCAUGAUCACUGAUCAAAAGCCCCAAUCUUAAGAUACGAUCGUAUAACAUUUAACAUUUGUAGAAAUGCAAUUUUUAUUAAACAAUGAUAACAAAA